UUAAUAUGGCCACCAACACAACUUUUUCACUGCGAUCAAUCCUUAAGAAGGAAAAACUUAAUGGAACAAAUUACAUGGACUGGGAUAGGAAUCUGAGAAUUGUUCUCAGGCACAAGCGUAAAGAAUAUGUCCUUGACCAACCAAUUCCUGCUGAACCAGCGGCCAAUGCUCCUAGAGCCACUAGAGAUACUUAUGAAAGGCAUGUCCGUGAUGAAGUUGAUGUCACUUGUCUGAUGUUAACCAUCAUGGAAGCUAAUCUUCAGAAACAGUUUCUGAAUCGUCGUGCACAUGACAUCUCUAAUGAACUCAAGAACUUGUUUCAGAAACAAGCACAGAUCGAAAGGUUCGAGACAACCAAGGCUUUGUUUCACACAAGGCUUACUGAUGGGAGCCCAAUUGGACCUCACAUACUCAAGAUGAUUGGGUAUAGGGACCACUUGGAAAGACUUGGAUCUCCAAUUAGUCAAGAGUUAGCUACUGGUGUGAUUCUCGCAUCACUCACCCCGGCAUAUGACCAAUUCAUCCUGAACUAUAAUAUGCAUGGUCUUGCGAAGACCUUAACCGAAUUGCAUGGAAUGCUCAACUCCGCUGAGUAAAACAUCAAGAAAAAUCGGAGUGACGUUUUGAUGAUCAAAAAGGGAAAGGGAUUCAAGAAGCCUGGAAAAGGCAAGGUUGGUGGAAACAAGAAAUUCAAAACUCUGGUUAAGAACUCGGGUAAAGGCAAAUCUGUUGCCAGCUCUACUUCUAAAGAAGAGCAAAAAUGUUUCCACUGCAACAAAACCGGUCAUUGGAAGUGAAAUUGCAAGGCAUAUUUGGAAGAACUGAAAAGAAAGGGGCAUGGUGAUGCUUCCAAUUCAGGGACUGACAAGGAGUAGAAGGAUGGCUAAAGGUGAAGUUGACCUACGAGUAGGCAACGGCGCAAAAGUUGCAGCAUUAGCAAUAGGAACAUUUACUUUAAGUUUGCCCACGGGCUUAGUUUUAGAACUUGAUAAUUGUUAUCAUGUACCUGCCAUUAGUAGGAAUAUAAUUUUUGUUUCUUGUUUGGACAAGAAAGGAUUUCAUUUUAUAAUAAAGGACAACACUUGUUCUAUUUA